AUGGGAUUUGAGUCAGUCACUGAGGUUGAUAGACCGUUUAUUUGCGAUAUUUGUAGUAAAGGGUUCAGAAGACUUGAACAUAAGAAACGUCAUAUUAGAACACAUACUGGCGAAAAACCUCAUCAUUGUACUUUUAAAGGUUGUGUUAAGAAAUUUAGCAGAAGUGAUGAAUUAAAGAGACAUUUAAAAAUCCAUGUUAAUAAGAAAAAAAAUAGAGCAUCAAAAAAUAGAAUUAUGAAAAGAAAUAUUUUAACUCCAGAUGGAAGUUUUAUUAGUUUAAAUGACUAUCAUAAUAAUUUCAUAACAAAUAUUGAUAAAAAUACAUUAUUAAAAAUUAAGGAAUCACAUGCUUAUAAUUCUGCUUCCUCUUCUACUUCUUCCGCUUCUUCCACAGCAGGUUCUCCAUCUCCCUCAUUAUCAUCGUGGAAUUCUAGUAAACAUAAUGAAGAUGAUGAUAAAUUAAAGAUACCAAAGAAAGAUUUUAAAAAAAUAAAGAGCAUGACUGACUUACAAAAGAGCAAUAAUAAUAAUAAUAAUAAUCUGUCGUUACCCAUUUCUCCUAAUGCUUCUAGAACAUCGUUAGAUAAUGGAAGUACUCCUCAUAGUAGUUACACUAAUCUGCCCAGUUCCUCAAGUUCAUUGGCUUCAAUUAGUUAUAAUGAAAAAAAUGGUAAUUUCAGUUUCGAUAAUUCAUUGGCAAUUAAAAAUAAAUCUGAAUUGAAUGGUUUUAUGAGACCAAACUACUCGGGUUUUAUAUGUAGUGUCACGAACCACUCAAAUCAAAACCAUUCGUCAAGGUUAUCGCUGAUUGGACUUUCAAAGAUACCUCAUAAUAAAAAAGUAGAAUUUCAUCUAGCUGAUCAGGAGAAUGAUAGUGAAGAUAAUGAACCAAUCAGAAAUAAUAAUGGAUUGGAAUCUACAGCACAUACCAUCGGAAGUAAUAAAGUUUCUUUGCCAUCGAUUAAUACUAUUUUUGCCCAGAUAGAAGUAUUUAAUGAGUUGAAACAAAAUGUUUAG